UGUUUAGGGGAAGGGCUCACCCCACUACCUUCCACGGAGCGGUGGCAGCAGGGGCUACGGCUGGACCAACCCCUCUCAGGUCUUGGUGGCUUGGGAAGGCUGCCGCGGGCCCCGCGGAGCGAGACCACCUGUGAGGGCUGCUGAGAUUGGCGGAGACAGUCAUGUGGGCGGUCACGUGCUGCGGCAAGCUCCGUCCAAAAGAAAAUGGGGUUUGGUGUAAAUCUGGGGGUGUAAUGUUAUCAUAUAUCACGCUACCUCGUAAAACCGACACUGAAAGCUGCCGGACAACAAAUCACAGGUCAAAAUUAUGAGUUCUUCGUAUUAUGUGAACGCGCUUUUUAGCAAAUAUACGGCGGGGGCUUCUCUGUUCCAAAAUGCCGAGCCGACUUCUUGCUCCUUUGCUCCCAACUCGCAGAGAAGCGGCUACGGGGCGGGCGCCGGCGCCUUCGCUUCGACCGUACCGGGCUUGUACAAUGUCAACAGCCCCCUCUAUCAGAGCCCCUUUGCAUCCGGCUACGGCCUGGGAGCCGACGCCUACGGCAACCUGCCCUGCUCCUCCUACGACCAAAACAUCCCCGGACUCUGCAGUGACCUCGCCAAAGGCGCCUGCGAGAAGGCGGACGAAGGCGCGCUGCACGGCCCGGCCGAGGCUAAUUUCCGCAUCUAUCCCUGGAUGCGGUCUUCAGGGCCUGACAGGAAGCGGGGCCGCCAGACCUACACGCGAUACCAGACGCUGGAGCUGGAGAAGGAGUUCCACUUCAACCGCUACCUGACGCGGCGCCGCCGCAUCGAGAUCGCCCACGCGCUCUGCCUCACCGAGCGCCAGAUCAAGAUCUGGUUCCAGAACCGCCGCAUGAAGUGGAAGAAAGAGCAUAAGGACGAGGGACCGGCAGCCGCAGCAGCCCCCGAGGGUGCCGCGCCCGCCGCCACAACCUCUGCCUCCGCUGACAAGGCCGAAGACGAGGACGACGACGAAGACGAGGACGAUGAGGAGGAGGAGGAAUGAGGGGCUGAGCUGGGGCCAUGGCUGCACCAGACAGUGGGAAACGCGUCUUUAGAGACCCAUUGGUUUUAUUUACAAAAGUGGAAAAAAGUAAAAAGAAAAUGUAAAACAAAGCAAAACAAAACACCCCUCCCGUCCCUAACCUGCGCCCCACUUAUACCCCAUUACCCAGUCCAGGUCCCAACAUUUUCUGGACUGUGCAGUCGCCUAGAAUGUGUCUCUUUGGGGAUCCCUCUGCCUCCAAGGAACCGCAACAGACACCCCCCCAAACCCAGGCCGGCCAGCUCUGUGCUGGUGCGGCUAAAAUACUACCUAGCACAGGCCUCAGCUAGAGGCACCCCAAAACUACCUAUGGGCCCAGCCCCAAAGGGCCUCCACUCCCAGGAAGCCCAGAAGUGUCCCAACACUGGCCGACACUCGGCACCUCCCCCAUACCGGCAAGGACCUGACUCUCAGUACUACCUACUGUCCCAAACUACCUAUUUUGUGCUUGCUGGCUCGCCUCCUACCUAACCAGCCCCUCCCUUGUCAGGCCCUUGCUGCUUCUGGAUGGCAGCCUUUGGGAUCCCUAAGGCUGCGCUUAGAAGGCACUGGGGUCCGGGGACAGGGUAUUGGCUUCUAUUUAAAUUGAAAAAUAAUAUAUUUAUUCCAAAGCAUUUUAAGUGCUGCAAUCUAGAAUCCCUCCUUUUCUGGCCUGGGCACCCCAAGUUCAGGCCCAUCAUCUUCUGGAGGGGAGCAUUCCCAAGCUAGCUGUAGACCUCUGAGUUAGCUAAUGUUUAAUAGGACUGCAGAGAUGCUCGCAGCUUCCCUGCCUCCUCCCCUGACCCUUGUGUCCUCCUGUCCAGCCUUGUUGAAUAUGUAUACCCUUACUUUUCCUACAAUAGCAAAUGCUGUAUAUUUGAACAAGAUUUUUUUGUCAUUUAUAUAGUCUUGGAGCUCAUUUGUAAGGCAAUGUCUUGACUUGGGAAGGAUGUAUUAACGGGGUGACUUUGCAGCAUGGUGUGUUGUCUUGAGCUAACUGUAGUGG